AUGUUGCUAAAUCAGCCAUUAAUGAUACAGAAUCCAAAUGCAAGCAUUGUACGAUUGUUGGAUAAAAGUAUGGUUUCUGACCGAAACGGUGCAAGAAUGGAAUUUAUGGACUUGAAAAAAGCUGGUAUUGGAAUUGUGGAAUGUCAGCAAUGAAUUCAUGACAUACAUCGUGAGGGUUUAUUGAAUCACGAUCUGAAACCGGAUGAUAUGGAUAUAUUAACAUCAACAAGUCGAGAGCAAAAUCGUUUCGAUGAUUUUAUUGCAUGGUUGUAUGUGGCAUGUGAACUUUAUGAUUCAGUUUCUAAGGUUACACAACCGCUACCCAGGGCAUAUCGUCAAGAUCGUGAACUAUUUGAAAACAGCUUAUUACUGCGCGACGCAAAUUUUGCUAUGACGAGCUCCGCGACAAUUCUAUGA